UGCGACGUUCCGGCCAAUCAGCGCGGAGUGGUGGUGGGGCAUGUGCGUGGUGUGAGAGGAGGCCGGUGGCGGCGGCAGCAGGUUAACGGUUGUUGUUGGUCUCGGGCGAUGGAUGAGGGAAGCAGGAUGUGGAUGGUGACUUGCACGGCCCCUGUCAACAUCGCUGUCAUCAAAUACUGGGGAAAACGAGAUGAAGAGCUGAUUUUGCCAAUUAAUUCCUCUCUCAGUGUAACGCUACAUCAAGAUCAGUUAAAGAGUACAACUACAGUAGCUGCAAGUCGGGAUUUUAAGGAGGACAGAAUAUGGCUAAAUGGAAAAGAGGAAAACAUCAACCACCCAAGACUGCAGACGUGCUUACGAGAAAAAAUACUUAAUUUGCAAAUACUCAGGAAAUUAAAAUUUUCUCUCCCAGUCCGCCGUCUAGCAAGAAAAAGAAGAACCAGCGGUGAGGGAAAUUCUAACACAUUAUCACUCCACCAUAAAGUUCACAUCUGCUCUGUAAAUAACUUCCCUACAGCAGCAGGCCUGGCAUCCUCUGCAGCUGGUUAUGCUUGUCUGGUCUAUGCGCUUGCCAAGCUGCAUGGUUUGGAAGGAGAGCUGUCUGAGAUUGCUCGCCAAGGGUCAGGAAGUGCCUGCAGAAGCAUGUAUGGAGGCUUUGUGCAAUGGAUGAUGGGAGUGAAAGAGGAUGGAAGCGAUAGUAUUGCCCAGCAAAUUGAGCCAGAAACUCAUUGGUCAGAGCUUCGAGUCCUUAUAUUAGUGGUCAGUGCGGAACAGAAGCCAAUUGGUAGCACUGCUGGGAUGCAAACCAGUGUCAAGACCAGUCCAUUGCUGAAAUAUCGUACUGAAAUUGUUCCAGAACGAAUGAAAGAAAUGAUUGAUGCAAUCAAACGGCAAGAUUUUGAAACCUUUGGACAGCUAACAAUGAAGGACAGUAAUCAGUUUCAUGCAACAUGCCUUGACACCUUCCCUCCAAUCAUCUAUCUUAAUGAUAUUUCCAAACGCAUCAUUAACCUGGUACACAGAUACAACUCCCAUUUUGGGGAGACACGGGUAGCAUACACAUUUGAUGCAGGUCCUAAUGCAGUCAUUUACAUACGGGAGCAGCAUGUGGAUGAGUUUGUGGAAGUUGUGAAACAUUACUUCCCUCCUGAAGAAAAUGGUGAACACAGCCACAGAGCAAGGCAGCUUGUCAUGAUUUCCAGCAUUGAUCAGUCAAGGAGAUGGACAUAUUUUCUAUGCUGGUCUCACAUAUGCACCAUGCUGAUGAGGUCACAGGUGGAGGUUCCCUCAGAUCCAGAGGAGAUACACAAGUCUAUCACCCUCCAUGCCAUUUCCUUCAGAUUCCUGAAAGGUUUGCCUGUAAAUUCAGUAUCUGUAUCAGAGCAUCUGAAGUCCAGCAUCCAGAUGGAUUCAAUUAAGUCUGGAAUUCAAUAUAUCAUUAACACUCGGGUAGGGCCGGGGCCACAGUUGAUACAAGAUGCCAACCUUCACCUACUUGGAGAGGAUGGAUUUCCCAAGCAAUAGAGUCUAAAAGAAACCUUUCUGCAGUUAGAGGGAGAGCUGUAAGAUCUUUACAUUGAUUGUCAUAAACGUGGCAUUUUUUAUCUGAGUUAUAUUGCACAUGCAGACCACUUCUGGUUUCAGUUUGUAUCAGCAAAGGUUCAUGUUUUCAACUUUUGGUACAUAACGUGCCUGAAUUCGGAAGAAAGAACUAAAGCCUGUAAAUGUAGAAAUCUGAAAAAUAGUAUGAAGUUUGUUGUCUGUCUAUUUCAUGUUACUCCCUCUAUAUCUAACCUAAUAAUACAAUUUCAAACUUAUUCCUGGAUCUUGGCUUAGUUAAUAGUAUAGUUUAGUGUGUAAAAGGGGAAAAAAAACCUACACUGUAUAGUAAUGUAAUAUAUUGCUAGUAUUUAUUCAUUAACUUUGAUCUUUUAUUCAAUAUAGUUUAAUGUAAUUUAGUUUCUAAUGAAAUUCCAUUUGAAUUUCCAUAUCAAAAACUCAGUGCUAUUUACAUUUAGUUUUGAAUCUGUAGUUUAUAAACAUUGACAAACAAGGUGCUGCAUCCAUGUGUAAAUCACGAACAAAAUUGUUUAGAAGUAUGUGGAAGUUCUCUGAAAUUUUACUGAACUAAUAUACAGAAUAUCAUCUUUUGUAUAUUUGAAUGCAUGCCAUUGAUAUCAAUAGUGGAUACCAAAUGCAGAUAGGAUUUGCAUCUUUGAAUUGUAAAUACCAUAGAUUUGUAUUUUCUUUUGAACGUUGUCACUCAAACUUGCUCUAAUCCAUUAAAUUAAUGAGUACAUUUCCUCAAAUAUAGGAUCCAUUCCAAGUUAAGUAUCAUUCAACAAAUAAGAAGAGUAGGACAUUUGUUCCCUCAAGUCAGCCACUUUAUUUUAUAACUGAUCUGCCAAGGUCUCACUCCUCUUGCAUGUAAGCUUCUUACAGCUAUCCAUUCCUAUUUUUCAAACAUCUAGCCAGCUCCUCUUAAAAUACUUCCAGUGAUCUAACCUCCAGAACACACUUAGGUGGAGGAUUCCUGACAUUCAUUAACCUUCAGGAGAAGAAAUUCCUUUUCAUCUCCAUUUUAAAUGAGUGUUCCCAUAUUCUGUAACCAUGUCCCCUAUUUUGAUAUUCCUGUAUGAGUGGAAACAUCACCUCAUCAUUUACACAGUCAGGACCCGUCAAAAUCUUAUGUUUUUAUAAGAUCAUCCCUCAUUCUUCUAAAUGCUAAUGAAUAAAGGCCUAAGUCAUUCUUCAUAAGUUUCUCAGGAAAUAGCCUAGUGAAUCUUUUUGAACAACCUCCAAAGCUAGUAUAUAAUUUGAGUACAGACUGUAUACAGUAUUUCGUGUGUGACUGGCCUUACCAACAGCCUGCACAGUAACAAUUUGUAACAAGACUUCCUUAUUUUUAAACUCCUUAACAAUAAAGGCCAAAAUUCCCAUUGCCUUUUUAAUUACUUGCUGCACCUGCAUACUAACUUUGUGUUUAAUCUUAGAAAUUCAGAUAAUGAGAAAACAUUAAGAUGAGCAUUUUAUAUUUUUCACAUGGGAUAACCAGAUACUUCCAGAACAUAAAAGCUAGUUGAAAAUAAAAAGAUGAUGAUGUGGUUGGUCCAGACUAAAUAAUAUGAGUGCUCAUGGAAGAGCUGUGUUACAACCUGUGUUAGCUUGUUGUGGGAGUGGGAGUAUAUAAUUCAUUUGCAAUGUUUUAGAUUCUAGUUUGGGAAUUGGAAAUCUCUCCACAGUUUUACUGUGUAUUGACUUAAUUUUUAUGCAUUUUGAAUGACCUCCUUUCUAAUUAUGGUGUUGUACAAGUUGCUUGUACAUUUAAUCCUCUCUUUACUAUCAGUCAUCCUGAUCUCCGAGGUUUGACCUUGUCACUUUGAGCUUGCAGGGAUUGGGGACGAAUUGGGAUGACAGAGUCAAUGGAAUUUGGUACUGUGCCAUCAUGCCAUUUGUGGAUAGUCGAAUUCCUCCACUUUGUGUAUAGGUGAUUUCAGAUUUAUAACUGAGGAUUCAUGAUGAUGAACUCAGAUUUUCACUUCAAUUGGUGUACAUUAACUGCAUAUUAUCCUGUUGCACCUCGUACUAAUUUCUCCAAUUUUUCUGUGAUUCUGUGUUUCCUUUUGUUGUUGUGUGAUUCUACGACACCUUUACAUGUAUCUGUUAUGUCCCAAACAUUAUGUAAAUUUUGAUAAAAUGUAGGAGAUGCAGACACUGAAUGCAGCUGAAUUGAAUAAAUUCUUGUUAAAUUACUUUUUAUAAACUACCACAGCUUGAUUAAUGUGUUAAUGACUUAAUUUUUUUAACAUAUAUUCACUCUCUUCACAUACACUGUAUAUUGAUUCCUUUUACAUUAGUGUUCUUGUUAAUGUCAUGAAGAAUUCAAGACACAAAGCUAUGACGAAAGGCCUUUUUGAGACGUGCUUUUAAGAUGUCUAAUAUUUUAAGUGAAAACCGUGCUAUGUGUGAGAUUUUCUUGAAAAAUAAACUGUUACUUAUAAUCUAUGUACAUGAAUUUUAUUUUAUUAAACUGUUUUCAUAUUCUUA